ACAAACGACAACGGCAGCAACGGCAACGACAAAACGAUUCGCUCGCCUGAGUCCGAUAUUUCGAAUGUAGUGAUUCAGUACGCUGUGUGGCUGUGCGAAAAAACUAUCAAAACAUUCCGCCUUCGCUGGUGUUCAUUGCACAAAUAAAAUAGCAACGCCAAAGCAUAACGGACAAAGUAGUCCUGUUAACUGAAUUGCAAUUAAAUACAGUGUUUUUUUUAAAGAAAUUUGAAAAAGAAAUUUCGUAAAUAAUAAAAAAAAAAGUUUUGAAAAAUUUUUGAAAAAAAAAUUUAUAUUUUUUCCGAGAAAAUUGUUUGAGAAAAUAUUUGCUUGUAUUUGUAAAGUGCAGUUAUAGAACAACGAUUGAUUUUGUUUGUUGUAAACGUGUAUCGGUCGUUGCAAAAACGUUGAAUUCAAUUUUUUCGGCAGCUGCUUGUGUUUAAUCACACACACACACACACACAAAGAGACAAACGCGCCGCUAGUGUAUAGUUAUCUGCCAUAAUCAGCAGAUUCCUCAAAUUGUCAUUGGGACAAAUUAUCGAAAAUUUCUCUUUCACUUCGGGAAAGCCAGCCUGCUAGUCAGCAAGUCAGCCAGCCAGCCAUGACAUCAGUGCGCAACAAUGCAGUCUCCGCGAGCGUCGCCGCUCUGCUGCUGGGAUGGGUUAUUUUUGGGUGCCUCAAUAAUUCGGUACUGGCAGAUGUCGCGCAGAAAUCAGGUGAAAAAUCUACAGACAGCACAGAUCCAGAUUACUUUUACGACGAGUCAAGCCCUGAGAAUAUAAAGGCGCCAUCCAAACCGCCACAACCAACAAUAACUCCGUAUUUUGAGGAAGCAAAGAAAACUGUUUAUGCCAAAAAGAACGCCACAGUGACUUUAAAUUGUCCAGUGAAGGAUUAUGAUGAAUCGCAACACCUAAUUGUCUGGUUUAAGAACAACAACACCAUCACCACUGGGCUGGAAAUCGUCGCCGACGCAACACUCUAUCAUCUGGACAAGGACAUGAAUUUGGUUGUGGAUCACGUGUCGGAGAAGACCGCAGGCGACUACUCGUGCACCGUUAUGCCGCAGAAAGCCAAAAUGGACAUACAUUUGGUAAUCGGCGAGGAGCCUGUGGCCGAUAAUAAACAGAUAAUGGUGAGCGCAAGCGCUCUACUACUGCUCUCCACGUUGCUGGCGCGAGAAUUGAGCUUUGGCAUUUUACGUUUAGAUACAUUCUUUUAGGCACACAGUUCGUAAGCAGCUUCUUGUGAGAAAUGCAAACAAAAAAAAAGAUAUUAUUGUAAUUGUACCAUAGCUGAGAAUAAUUGUUUUUGUUUUUAUUAUUAUUAUUUUUUUGAAUUUUUUGUCUGCAUCCACUAAAUACCACAACUUGCAUACUUUAUAGCAGAAGACUUAAACCCACAGGCAGUUAGUACAUAAAUAUAUAUAGUACCCGUUUAUGGUACCGAAUACCAAAUAGGCAGGCAAUUAUAUAAUGUAGUGCAUUUGAUAGUAUAGUACACAGUAUAAUAGCGAUGAAAACAAUAGUACUUUAAACGAAUAUGUGUAUGUAGGUAUGUAUGUGCAGUGAAUUGGCUUGCAAGAGCUUUAAAGCGCUGGAAAAACUAUAAAUUUGUUGUGAAGCAAUGAUAUUUAGCAUAUUUCAAGUUUAAAUUGCACAUAAAUGGAUUUUCAUCGAAACGACGUAUACGUGUUUUUACUUUUCGUCGAAAGGAUGAACUCGAAUUUUUCCUAGAAUGCUUAUUUUUGUAAUGAUUAUGAAGAAAAAAUUUAUUUUUAGUAAAAAAAAACCCGUUACAUGCAAACCAGCGUAGAUAAUUUUAGCAAACAAAAAUUAAAGAAAAUUUUAAACCGAGUUGAAUAUUUUAAGUUACUGUAAACAACUCAAAUAGCGCUGGUAUGUCAAAUCUUUCUGAGUAUGUAUAAUAGAAAAAAUAUAAAGCUUUGCGAUAAAGUUGCGUGUUGCCAGAUAGAGAUUUAUAUCUAAGCAAAUACUAUAGUGUACGUCGAAUCGAUGAAAACUCAUUUCUUAUUCUAAGUGCGUAUUCUCGAAUUGUAAAAAGUAAUUAAAGACGAUUUGCAACAGUUAAAAAAAUAGCAUGUAUUUAUUAUAAAUAUACAUAUAUGUAUGUAUCUACAUUAUAUAGAUAUUUCUACUUAUAAAACACAGAAAUAAGUUUGAUAAAUUAUUUUACUAGUGUAACUAGUAUUUUAUUUUUUCAAAUAAAAACCUUUAAAACAGCAAAAUUAUUAUAAAGUUAAUUUUAUAUGAUUUUAUGAUUUAAAAAUCAUUUUCAACUAGCAAGUUUGCAAGUAAAAUGACAACGCGUCGAAAGUUGUAAAAAAAGUCUCCGCUGGAGUUGGCUGGUGCUGCCUGGUUGGCAUGAUUCCAACAAACAAAUUGAAAAAAUUAUUUUUUGGUAAAAAUGUGGCAAAGCGAUUGACGUUUACCAAAGGAAAAAGUUACAAAAUGGGGGUUUUCACAAAACAAAAAAUAUUGAAGAAUUUUCAAUUUAGGGAAAUUUUUUAUUGUCGGGGAAAUCUUUUAAUGUGGAGCAAUUUUUUUUAGAACAUUCUUUUUUUGCAGCAAAAACAUUUUACUGAGUUUCAGUGACAAAUUUUUAAUUUAGGGAUAUUUUUCAUCGCAGGGGGAAUUUUUCAGAACAUUGCUUUUUUUAUAGCAAAAAACAUUUUACUGAGUUUCAGUGACAAAUUUUUAAUUUAGGGAAAUUUUUUAAUGUAAGGGAAAUUUUUGGAAUAUUCGUUAUUUGCUGUAAAAACAUUUUUUUUUGUUUCAGUGAAGAAUUUUUAAUUUAGGGAAAUUUUUGAAUGUAAGGGGAAUUUUUUGAACAUUCGUUUUUUUGCAGCAAAAAUAUUUUUCUGAGUUUCAGUGACAAAUUUUUAAUUUGGGAAAUUUUGUAAUGUAAGGGGAAUUUUUUGAACAUUCGUUUUUUGCAACAAAAACAUUUUUCUGAGCUUCACUGAAAAAUUUUUAAUUUAUGGGAAUUUUUUAAUGUAGGGGAAAUUUUUUAUCAGGCAUUUUUUAACAAACAGCACAUUUUAGGUAGUUUUUUUAUUGUACUGAAAAUUUUUUUUUUUUCAACAAAAAAGCAUUUACUGGCUUUCAGUGAGGCUUAAAAAAUCUAAAUUAUUUUCAAAGUAGUUCGGUACAUCCGUUCCAAAGAAAUUUUCACAAUCUUUUGGGAGCCACUUAUACUAAAUUCGAAAAUUUUUACAAAUUACGUGUAUUUGCCGGAUGAAUUUUCAAAUUUCGGAGAAUAUUUUCAAAUACAGGCAACGCUCUCUUAAAUUGACUUCAACUCCAAAUUGCCACAUAAAAUAAAUACAUUUUUGGCUUUUAGUUGCGUUCGUCUAUUGAAUGAAUACUAGUUUUUAAAACAAUCUUGGCUACAAAUAAUAUUUUCAAACACUACGUGUCUUACGAUGGUUGUAAUUGUAAAUUUCGAAACGAAAAAUUGAUUUUCUGCCAAAAUUUUGUGUAUACGUCCUUUCGAUGUAUAUUAUUUAUGUUGCGAAAAUAUUAAUUUCUUUGCUUCAACUGUAAAUUUUCUCUGUUGGGAGAUGAAUUUUUUUUAUCCACCAUUUAUGUUCAUCUAAUGGAUGAAUACUUUUUUUUUGAUAUUAUCCGCUACAAAUCGUCUUUUCUUACUCUGAACUCACGCACUUAUACAUAUUUAAUUAUAUAGCAAAAACAUUUUUAUGCAAACUUUGCAUAUAUUUACUUCAAAAGAAAAUGUUUAAUUCUUCAAAGCUAAAAUAUUGACGGAAAUAUAUGUAUGGAAUACACGAGUCAGCCAUAAGUACGUAAAGUAGUUUUUGUUCUAAACCUUAGCUGUUGAUUUAGUAUUUUAUAAUUGCAUACGUAUAUGUUUGGAUAUAUAUACACACACACAUAUUUAUUUACAUACAAAUAUAUAUAGCAUACUAUGUACUCGUUGUAAGGACUUUGUAUUGUCGAAAGGAACUUGGAAACCUAAACAGCAGUUAUAAUAGAAAUACUUAAGAAAAUCCAAAUGAAAAUGUAAAGCGAAGCUAAAGAAUUGCUGAGAGGCAAGCAUUAGUUGAAGCAAAUUUAAGAUACAUACGUAUUGAUAUAUGUAUGUACAUAUGUACGUAAGUAGAAGAGGAGGCAGUGAAACCGAAAAGUGCCAUUAUUUUACACAGAGGUAGCGAGAAGCAGAAAGUAGUAUGAAUAUAGCGAGUAGUUUGACGAAAAUUUUUGCGAAUGCUGUUAAGAAGAAAAUCAAGUAUUUUUGAAAAAAAAAAAGUAUUUUACAGGAAAAAAAUUUUCGGUAAAAAAUUAUUAGCAAAAAUGGUUAAAUUUUUGUUUAGCGAAAAAGAAAAUCAAGUAUUCUACAGGAAAAAAAUGUUCAGUGAAAAAUUAUUAGCAAAAAAAUUUAAAAACACUUUUAAAAAAGAAAAUCAAAAAUUUUACAAAAAAAAUUAUUAUCAAAAAAAUUUACUUUGUUUAAACGAACGCUUUUAAGAAAAAUAUCAAUUAUUUUAAAGAAAAUAAAUUUAAGUGAAAAAUAAUUUGCAAUAAAAUUAAUAAUUCUUAAUUUAGUGAAGGCUUUAAAAAUGAAAAUCAAGUAUUUUUCAGAAAAAAAUUUCAAUCAAAAUUUUUUUUUUUUAAUUUUUGUUACUAAAAACUUUUUUUAUUAAAAAAAAACAAUAUUUCUAGCAAUUGAAAUUUUAAAAAAAUAUUAAAAAUUAUUUAAAAAAAAACUUUUUUUGAUGAAAAAAUUUAUUUAAAAAAGUAUUUUCAGAAACUAUGAAAAUAAAUUCUAAAAAUGAAUACACACACGCAUAUAUAAAUAACGGUGAAAACUUAUAUAAGUGCGCAUUAAACUCUAUUAUAACUGCUUGUUUACGCUGUCGUGAGUACAAAUUUUUAUUUAGGAUAUUGAAAGUGGUGACGUAUGUAGGUGGAUUGUAUUGAAAUAUUGUAUUGUAUUGUAGUUGUAGCUAUGCUUGUUAAUAGCUGAAAGAUAUUAUUAUUAUUAUGAAACUUAUAAUUAAAAUAGUCAAAACAAAAGCAAAAGCAAAAACAGCAAAAUAAAACAGUUGAAAAAUGUAAUGUAAUGAAAACGGUGGCAGCUUCUGUACCAGCAGCGCAACAGCAGCAAGCAGCAGCA